AUGGCAGGAAGUAGUCGAAGCAGAAGAUCUUACGACGACCGUCCUUCCGAGUCCGAUACAGACGAGACCGGCAGCGAAGAAUAUUCUCCUGACAGAAGCUCCCGCAAACGUAGCAAGGAUCGAAGCCAUCGCAGUAAAAGCAAAAGCAGCCGCCAUAGCCGUAGCAGGAGUCGGCGCGGUCGUAAUUCCAACGACAAAUCUUCCGGUGAAGAUAGCGAUGGAAGCGAUCAAGGCAGUAAUAAGAGGAGGAGAUCUUCUAGAAACAUCACGGAAGAGGAAAUUGCUGAGUACAUGGCCAAGAAAGCACAAAAGAAGGCAAUGAGCGCUGCGAAGAAAUUGAAAGCACAAACAGUUUCAGGUUAUUCAAAUGAUUCAAAUCCUUUUGGCGAUUCAAAUCUCAACGAGAAAUUUGUUUGGAGGAAGAAAAUUGAGCGAGAUGUUGCCCAAGGAGUGCCAUUGGAUGCAUUUUCAGUUAAAGCUGAGAAGAAGAGACAAAAAGAGAGAAUGGCUGAGAUUGAAAAAGUUAAAAAGAGAAGGGAGGAACGGGCACUUGAGAAAGCACAACACGAGGAAGAAAUGGCUAUGCUAGCCAGAGAACGUGCUCGAGCUGAGUUUGACGAUUGGGAGAAGAAAGAGGAGGAGUUUCAUUUUGAUCAAAGCAAAGUCAGAUCAGAGAUUAGAUUGCGUGAAGGCCGUAUGAAGCCUAUUGAUGUUUUGUCCAAGCACCUUAAUGGCUCGGAUGAUAUGGAUAUAGAGCUAAAUGAACCAUACAUGGUUUUCAAGGGGUUGACAGUUAAAGAGAUGGAAGAGCUUCGUGACGACAUCAAAAUGCAUCUUGAUUUGGACAGGGCAACUCCAACACACAUAGUUUACUGGGAGGCACUUAUGGUGGUGUGUGAUUGGGAGCUAGCUGAAGCCCGAAAGAAGGAUGCACUUGACCGAGCUAGGGUGCGUGGGGAGGAACCUCCAGCUGAGUUGCUGGCAGAAGAAAGGGGUCUGCAUUCUAGUAUUGAAGCAGAUGUCAAGGAUCUUUUGGAAGGGAAGACCCACAGGGAGCUGGAGGAAUUACAAUCCAAGAUUGAGUCACAGAUGCGAACUGGCACAGCAAAGGUUGUUGAGUAUUGGGAAGCCGUUCUUAAACGUCUUCAUAUUUUCAAGGCAAAGGCAUGUUUGAAGGAAAUACAUGCUAAAAUGCUGCAUAAACAUUUACAACGACUCGAGCAACCUUCGGAAGGUGAAGAUAGGCUGGAAUCUGUUGGUGGUUUAAGACCUGUGGAGGAGGCUAGUGAUCAUGAUGUGAAAGAUGCUGAAACAUUUUCUCCGGAACCGAUAAUACAAGAAGAGACUCAUGAGGUGGAAGAAGAGGCUGGAUCCUUUUCACCAGAACUGUUGCAUGGUGAUGAAGAUGAAGAAGCUAUUGAUCCAGAGGAAGACAGGGCUAUAUUGGAAAGGAAACGCAUGGCUUGGUUAGAGGAGCAGCAAAGACGGAUGCAAGAAGCUUUGGCAUCGAAACCUGCUCCUUCAGAAGAUAACUUUGAGCUGAAAGCUAUGAAAUCUAUGGGAGCAAUGGAGGAGGGUGAUGCUGUAUUUGGCUCUGGUGCUGAAGUUAACUUGGACUCACAGGUGUAUUGGUGGCAUGACAAAUACCGACCUAGAAAACCAAAAUAUUUCAACCGUGUUCACACUGGAUAUGAGUGGAACAAGUACAAUCAGACCCAUUAUGAUCAUGAUAAUCCUCCUCCCAAAAUUGUGCAAGGAUAUAAAUUUAAUAUCUUCUACCCAGACCUUGUCGACAAGAUAAAGGCUCCUGUAUACACUAUUGAGAAGGAUGGUAACAGUUCAGAGACGUGCAUCAUACGAUUCCAUGCUGGACCACCCUAUGAGGACAUUGCGUUCCGAAUCGUAAACAAAGAGUGGGAAUAUUCUCAUAAGAAGGGAUUUAAAUGCACAUUCGAACGUGGAAUUUUACAUGUAUAUUUCAACUUCAAGCGCUAUCGUUACCGUAGGUAAUAUGUGGUUGAUUUUGCAAUUUCAACUUUGCAAGUUGUGGCUGCCGGCCAUGAAAUUCUGCUCAUAUAAACAUUAAGGUAACUUCAGGAUUUUAAGUAUUCUCAGAUUUGAAGCUUUAGUGUUCUAAAUUCUUUCAGUUUAUGGCCAAUAUAUAUUUCAAUUGGUCUCUGGCACUAUUCACACUGUUCUGUUGCACUUGGAACAAUAAUGUGAUAACUCUUGUUGUUGGAAUUUUUAUUGA